AUGUCCCUUAAUAGAGAACAACGUGAAAAGUUCAGAGAUAGACAAAUACGGGAGAAAUAUGAUAUGGUUCAUCUGAUACCAUCCUUAGAGGUACCGGAACUUUCUGGACUAUACUUGAAAAGCUUCUACAAUGCAAGUAAAAAAUACCAGUUACAACUUCCUCCUUCAAUAACUGACUCCAAUGGGAAAUUUUGCGGUAAUUGUGGAUGUGUAAGGGUAAUAAAUUUUAAUUUGCAAACUCAACUUAUAGAGAGAAAAGUUCCUGAUACCAACCAAAGCCUCAGGAUAUUAAAGUAUGAAUGCAUGAAUUGCGGCUUCAAAAAUGAAUUCAAGGUUGGUGAAGCUGCAGUAACGAUAGCACCUGUUUCUUUUAGUCAAAAACUUGUUGCUAAGGAAGGGGUUUCUCAUAAUCAGAAAGUGGAUACCAAGAUACAGAAAAAAAACAGUGGUAAAGAUCGUGCAAAGAAAAGGAAACAGAAUUCGCUUUCGAAUAUGCUGUCAAAGAGGAAUGAGGAGAAGAAAAAUCAAAAGAAGGGUCUUUCGCUAUCGUUAGAAAGUUUUAUGCAAGGUUGA